ACGCGGCAACAUCAUCGUUUUGCGCGCUCACAGACACGCGUUCACGCACAUCUGCGCGUGGAGAGAAAGAGAGCGAAGCGCCGUGUCCAGCGGCCUCGCGUUUAUAAUGGCUGCCAGGAGAAGAGAGGAGUACGAGCAGUUACAUUGGAAAUAAAACUUGUCACACAGAUGCUAAGGAAAGCCCUUUAUACUUAGGAGCAGCAACAUAUAGGUGUUUCUUAGAGGUGAGAAAGAGGAUGGUGAGCAGUCAAGCCAAAUACGAACUGAUCCAAGAGGUGGGCCGGGGCAGUUACGGUGUGGUUUACGAGGCAGUCGUACACCAGACGGGCGCUCGUGUGGCUGUGAAGAAGAUCCGCUGCCAUUCCCCGGAGAACGUGGAGCUGGCCCUGAGGGAAUUCUGGGCACUGAGCAGCAUUCAGAGCCAGCAUCCCAACGUCAUUCACCUAGAGGAAUGCGUCCUUCAGAGAGACAGUCUUGCUCAGAGGAUGAGCCACGGCUCCAGCUCUUCGCUCUACCUGGAGCUGGUGGAGACCUCCCUGAAAGGUGAGAUUACGUUUGACCCCCGCUGCGCCUACUACAUGUGGUUUGUCAUGGACUUCUGCGACGGUGGAGACAUGAAUGCCUACCUGCUUUCCCGCAAACCAAGCCGGAAGACGAACACCAGCUUCAUGCUGCAGCUGGGCAGCGCUCUGGCCUUUCUGCAUCGCAACCAGAUCAUCCACCGAGACCUCAAACCCGACAACAUUCUCAUCUCGCAGGGCCGCACCCCGGCCGGCAGCCCCGAGCCCAUCCUGAAGGUGGCCGACUUCGGCCUCAGCAAGGUCUGCUCCUGUUCAGGCCUGAACCCAGAGGAACCGGCCAGCGUCAACAAGUGUUUCCUGUCCACGGCUUGCGGGACGGACUUCUACAUGGCACCGGAAGUAUGGGAGGGCCACUACACGGCUAAGGCAGACAUUUUCGCGCUGGGGGUGAUCAUAUGGGCUAUGGUGGAGCGGAUAACAUUUGUUGACGUGGAGACGCAGAAGGAGCUGUUGGGAAGCUACGUGCAGCAGGGCGAGGAUAUCGUGCCGUUGGGGGAGGCUCUGCUGGAAAACCCCAAAAUGGAGCUCCACAUCCCGGCACGAAAGAAAAGCAUGAACGCUGGCAUGAAGCAGUUGAUUCGAGAGAUGCUGUCGGCCAAUCCGCAGGAGCGGCCUGAUGCGGUCGAGCUAGAGCUGAGACUCGUCCGUAUCGCGUGCAGGGAACUCGACUGGGACACGUGAGAGUAAAUCCUUGUGAACUUUAAUGUGAUUCCUGCCAUCUUGAAACGUAUUGUUUGUGGGGUUUUCAGGGGCCAGUUGUGCUGCUCCUUAAAAGGAUUCAUUGUACACAAAGUGUAAAAUGUAUUUUAUGGUCUCAUCUGUCUGUCCAUGAGUGCAUAGUCUCAUGACGGUAAAAGAUUCCACCUUGAUCCCAAACGGAGGUCCACAGAAUUCCCAGAACAUUCCAGCAUGCACAACAAACUGCUUUUUUUCCUGAAGUCAAACUAAUUUGAUUUCAAACUCUGGUACUCCUUUUGUCUUUUGAUUUUAUUGUCUUUGACGGCUUGUCCCGCCUCGCUCCUGGUGCUAAUUCAAUUUCUAAUGCAAAGCGGAUGCGAGCGCAGUAAAUAACGGCCUCUCUUACAGCCACCUUAAUAUUUUCCUGGUCAGUUUUAACAGCUUUUUUACAACACGAUCAAUAUCUGUUAUUCUGCACUUUGCUCACAAAAGGGCUUCAGGGAGUUGUAUUUACGUCAGUCUAUUUGAAAUCUGUGUGUUUUCAUCUUUUCUACAAAAUACUUGACAAGGCAAUAGUUUGUAGUCAAAAUCUCAAAAUUUGUGCAUUAGAUUUAAACUUUUACUUGUUCGAAUAAUUACGCUUGAAUAAUUAGUGAUCCGGACAUCUGUAUAAAAAGCAAGAGUAAUUGACAAGCAUCUUAUGAGGAAUGUCGGUCAGAGGUGUAAAACAAGUCAUAAACGGAGUCACAGACAAAGCUUCCUGCUGAAAACUGACAAAUGUGCACGUGGACUCAAUGUGCAUGUAAUAAAAUGCAUAUCCGGGUGACUAGUACAGUAUCAGUAUGUUUCAUCUCCUAACAAAAUCCUGUCUAGUUUAAAAAUGAGCCCAGGAUACAACCUAGAGUUUCUCAUGACGAAAUAGGCAGAAUUGCUUAGCCAGGUUGUGGUACCAAAUGGCCAUAUUAUCUUUUUAGAAAAUCUUAAUAAUUAAAACUGUUUUGAUUAAUAGAAAAAAACUCUACAGUCUUUAAAAUGUUGACAUUUUGAUAAAGCAAAAAAAUCAUAAAGGUAUAAGCAAGCACAUGGUUUGAGACAAGCCAGAAAAGACAACCUCAUGAAGAAAAAGAAAAACACGUUCGAUUAAAAAUGUGCAUGUUGUACUAGUAAAAAGGUUUUGACAUGGCUACUCAUUCCCAGGUUAUUUUCCGGUUUGAUUACACCUACGCACACUUCAAUCAACUUUAUAAGGUUUUUAACAGCUUUGAAGGAUUUACAUUUAUGCUAAUUUACAAUCUUAAAAAUAAAAGGUGAUUUACGAUGCCAUAGAAGAACCGUUUCUGUCUAAAUGGUUAUAUAAAGCAUCUUUACAUCUGAAGCACCUUUCUGUUUCACAAAAGUUAAUAAAAAAGGUUCUUCAGAAAUAGUUUUUUUAAAGAACAUUUGACUAAAAGUUUUUUUUUAAGGAACCAAAAAAGGUUCUUCUAUGGCAUAGUUGUGAAGUACCGAGCCCCUAAGGUGAAAUUGGAGUAAAAAAAUCUAAAGUUUAGUUUCAUGUGCUCACGCAAAGCCUUCAUGUGCAGAAUUUUUUUAGUUUUAGUUUAGUUUUGCAUGCUAACGUGAAACUAUCGCGCGCGCACGUGAAACUAAACGUAAAAAAAAUUCUGCACAAGUGAAAUUAUCGCGUGCGAUCGUUUCACAUGAGCACGUAAUAAUUUCACUUGUGCAGAAUUUUUUUUACGUUUAGUUUCGCGUGCGAUAGUUUCACGUUAGUUAAACUAAACUUUAAUUAAAAUUCUGCACAUGAAGGUUUCGCGUGAGCACAUGAAACUAAACUUUAUUUAAUUUUUGCUCCAUGUUCCCUCAGGUGCUCCGUAGUGAAGAACCUUUCAAGCACCUUUAUUUUUAAGAGUGUACCAUCAUUCAUUUCAACAAUUUUAUUUUUGACAUAAUUUUGACAGUAAUAUAUAAUUAAUGAAUAAAAAAUAAUAUAUAGGCACAGUUUGUCUACCAUACAUUUACAAAAAGCAUUAGCUUUUAAACCCUAACCAGUCUCAUGUAGAUGCGUAUGAAUAGCACGAAGUGUGAAAAUCGUGCAAUACAUAUGCCAAAUUCCAAUUUGGCGUGCAUAUGAUACGCCAGACCUUCCCAUUCACUUAAACGGCGCAUCUUUUUUAGUCGUUUUAUUUAUUGGUUUCUCAAUUUUGUUUUUGGUUUUUUUUAACCAUUUUCGCUUGGGUUCAGGGUUAGAUUUCAGAUUUGCUUAAGGAGGUUAUUUAAUAUACAGGUUUCUACAUGUUUUUGUCUACAUUUAAGCCAUGGCCGCUUUGAGUUGGGGUUAGAAUUGGGGUUUGGGUUAGGAAGUCAUUUUUAUAUAACAAAAAGUUGUUCUAACCCUAAACCCAAGCGAAAAUGGUAAAAAAAUAGCAAAAACAUUGAGAAACCAAUAAAUAAAACAACAAAAAAAGAUGCGUCAUUUAAGUGAAUGGGAAGGACUGGCGUAUCAUAUGCACGCCAAAUUGGAAUUGCAACUCCGUGAGACUGGGUACUUUAAACCACAAGAAAAUAAUUCAAGUGUGUCCAAACUUUUGACUGGUGGUGUACAUUUUAAGGUGCAGUGUACAUUUUAGGAGGAUAUAUUGACAGAAAUGCAAAAUAAUAUACAUAACUAUAUUAGUGGUUAAUCUUGCAUAAUGACCUGCUAUGUUUUAAUAACUUUCGAAUGAGCAAUUUACAUACACCACGGUUCCCCAGUCACCAUUUUGCACCGCCAUAUUUAUACAGUAGCCCUAAAAUCCUCUUUAGAUCGCUUUUCGUCACCGCUUUGUCUCAAACGCCGACAUGUUUGCCCUGUGGCGGCUACGAUAGUUUCUCUGUGUGCAGUCUCACCACUAGAUGCCGCUAAAGUCUACACACGGCACCUUUAAAACUAAAUAAUCAUCUGUUUUGAAGAAUGACCAUUUUGUGUAGACUUGAAUUAAAUUCAGCAUUGUUAAGCAAUUCGAUAUUUUCUUAUGAGUGUGCAUCGAUCUUCAUGUGAAUGCUUAAAACAGCCAGCCUCAAUUUGAGACACACAACCUCAUCUGUUAGCAUGGAAAAAGAUGCCAAUUAUGAUAAACUAUCUGUAUCUGUCACACUACUCACCUGCAGGGAAAAGCAUACAAGGAGUGUGAAGGGAUAAAAGUGGAGAGGCAUGAAACACACUCGCACAACCACAAGCCUCUGUGAGCUGAGGAUCUUGUGUUGUUGACACAUAAAACCAGCACGCUCAAUUUGAUCUUUGCUACACUCUUGUCAUUUUUUUGCCUGAAAUCCCAGAAAGGCGCAUCUUACUUGUAAUCCCCUCUGCCACACUCGUGACAGACCAAUGCUAAGCCUGUUAAGUUAUUGGGUACAGAGGGAAUUCUCUGAUACCAUAACCAUCAUUCAAGUCAAUGUUAUAGGCAGCUGGCAAGUGAGCACUUGUGUCUGUACCUCUGCCUGUCGCUUUAAACACACAACCGGUCCUGCUCUGGGAUAAGCGGAGGCAUUAAUGUUUAAUGCUGCAUAUAUCCGGUUAUCUAUGCCGUUUUACCCUUUUUGAAGUGGGGCAUGCUGUAAAUGAAAGCCAGCAAAACAUUCAUUCAGAGCAAUGGCUUAAAUGAUCCCCCUUAAAUAUAUUUUCUUUUGUAGACGCCUCUUUUCUGACUGUGGUAUUAUUUUAUAAUCCAUGUUAUUGCGAGAAUAGAGGAUUAUUUUUCACACAGCCGCUAUUUCUGAUCACUCAGAUAUUAUUUGAUCUGCCUUUUUGUUGAGUUUAACAUAAUUUAUGCCUUAUUUUUUAAAUCCUUUGCCCUUGUGAGUAGGGAUGCACCGAUACCACUUUUUUGGAAUACGAGUACGAGUAUUUGCCGAUACCGAGUACUUAAUAAAAAAUAUGAUUUAAAUUUACAGGUAACAGCUUUAGUCAUAUAAUUUAACAAAAAAACAAGGGACUAGUUUUCCAGUUUGUUGUAAACUCUGCCUCUUUGGACAACACAAGAGGCAUUAACCCCUUACACGCCGCUCAAACAUAGACAUUUCUCAGACCGUGGUAUCGAUCCCUGGUAUCGGGGGACUUUUAACGAGUACGAGUAUCGAGGCCAAUACCCCAUACCAGUAUCGGUAUCGGUGCAUCCCUACUUGUGAGCAUAUAGUUUCGAACAACAGCCUGAACUUAUAAAAGACUGAGUAGCAGUUGCCAGACAAACACUAUUUGGUGAAGUCUGUCAGUAUUAAUGAAGUCUCGUGUGAACAGGGCUCGCGUGGACGCUAAAACACUGGAGCCUGUAAAGCCGACGUGCAGAUGAUUGUCAGAUGGUGAUCAAUGAGUAGCAGGUCUUGUUUUUUUUUAAGGCUAAAUUCAAAUCGGUUGAUUUGUGGCCUAAAUCUGUUUUUCCAUACAUUUUUGAAUGAUGAAUGUGUGUCCUAGCUGUUCUACCAAGAUUGAAAUGUUUUGUACACAACAUCUACUGUCUUAAAAUUUAAAAGUAAUUUUUUUCCCUUUACCUUCAUAAUAAAUUGAAAUAAUAAAUCAUGAAAUGCAAUAAGCUGGUUGAAUAGAGGAUAUCCAACACAAUCUUAUGGCAAUUUGUACAUAUUUUACAAGGUGGCUAAUUUGUAUAAAUUCGUACGACCACAUUUGUAAGUUUUUGUACGAUUUGCUUUUGCGUAAAAAUUAUUUCCCCCUGUGGUUAGUGGUGUGUUUAUUUAAUGACAAACGUACAUUUUUGUACAAUUCACUUUUUACGAAUUCAUACCCAUUAGCCAACUCAUACAAUACGUACGAAUUCUCGUGAGUUUAGGCUGGAAUAUCUCUGUUCAUGUCCACUGAUUUGCUUUGUCUGUAGAUACUGUACAAGAGUAUAAGUCUGAACUGCACAGAUGGUGUCCUGAUAACUUUAAAUGUGUGCUUUUUGAAUGAUGGAUGAAUUUGUAUUGUGGAUUGGGCUGUAUGUUUUGGUUGUUAUAAGUAGCCUGCUGACAUGAUUAUUACAUGAUCUUCUGUGUGUUUCUGGAUUUCUGUGCUGUUUGAGUGUAUACAGAUAUGAUCUUUUGGCCUAAGGUUAAGAUUGUUUUAAGGUGUGUAAAAUUGGGAGCACAACUGUAUUUCACUUUUGUAACCAAGUUGUUUUUGUUUUAUAAAAAAGCACUGGAUUUUUUUCCCACAGUGCUUUGCUCACAGAUUCUGCCCUGAUCAACUUUUGCGAACUACUGAUGAUGCACUGUGACUUCAGUGCUUUUUACUUUUGACUAUUUGUGUUGUUGUAAAGUAUUUUGAGAUAUACAGAAGUUCAUGAGAGGGGAUCCUCUAAGUGAGUGUGUAAGUUAUUGUUGGGACUUGCUUUACUAAUAAAAUUUGCACUUGAAUCAUGUUUUCUAUUAAAGCAUUUUUUAUUA